AUGGGCUUCGGUACCAACAUUGUCAUCGGCUCGGCCGCCUUCCUCCUCGGCAUGGUCUUUGUCUCCCAGGUGGUGGACAUUCCCCUCCUCUACGUGCCCCUCACGGACAAGGCGGUCGAGGACGCGUACGCGUUCUACAGCAUGUGGUACGAGGCUCCCGGCGCUGUCAAGGCCCUCUUCCACGUCGCCAUCUUCCUCCCCCUCCUUGUCCUCCUCUCCAAGCUGCACAAGUGGACUGAGAGCGCCAAGUUCUUUGACGGCUCGUCGAUCGCUCUCCAGAUGGCCACCAUCGUGCUCUACCUCUCGGUCCACAUCCAGUCGCUGCGCACUUGCUUCCCCGACGCCACCUCGACCUGGAGCAUUAUCCCCGCCGCCCCGGCGCGCGAGGCGCCCGCCACUAUUGACGAGAAGGUUGAGGCCAUCCGCGUUCUCGCCGCUGCCAACGCUCUCUGCGGCUUGCUCCUCAUUGGUGUUAUCGGCAUGCAGGUUGGCCAGGAGUACGCCUCCAGCGUCGAGGCCAAGGAGCAGAAGGCUAUCGACGAGGCUGCCCGCCAGGCCAGCCAGGCCAAGAAGGACCUCUAA